CGUCACCGUAACAACACAACGUUAUAACCGUUUAACUAGUGCAUAGUACUACAACUGGUUAGAGUGGAGGAGUAAAAGAUGUCCCGGGAACAGCUUGUUGUACGACGGGCCAGGAAGUCCUUCCAGACAGGACACACCAAACCUCUGGAGUUCAGGAUCCACCAGCUGAAGAGUCUGCACCGCUUCAUCACCGAGAGACGCAAGGACAUCGCAGAUGCUGUGAAAAGGGACCUCGGCAAGAGUGAACAUGGGACCGAGCUGUUUGAGACUCUGGGACUAGAAGGAGAGAUCAAGCUGGCUAUAGAGAAGCUGGCAGAGUGGGCAGCUCCUCGGCCAGUCGAGAAGAACCUCCUGACUAUAUCGGACGAGGUUUAUGUCCAGCCGGAGCCCCUGGGAGUGGUGCUCAUCAUCGGGGCCUGGAACUACCCUUGGGCUGUCACACUCCAGCCUCUGGUUGGAGCUAUUGCUGCUGGUAAUGCAGCAGUAAUAAAGCCAUCUGAGGUCAGCUCAUACUCCGCUAAAGUUAUGGAGGACCUUCUCCCUCAGUAUCUAGACAAGGACCUGUACCCAGUCGUGACAGGUGGAGUGGCAGAGACCCAGGAGCUGUUGAAGCAGAGAUUUGACCACAUUUUCUACACAGGAAACAGCACUGUUGGGAAACUAGUGAUGGAGGCUGCAGCUCGUCACCUCACCCCGGUGACCCUGGAACUGGGAGGGAAGAGCCCCUGUUACAUCGACAAGAACUGUGAUAUCACUGUUGCAUGUCGUCGCAUCACAUGGGGAAAGUUUGUCAACUGUGGUCAGACGUGCAUCGCUCCAGACUACAUCCUGUGUGAACCCUGCAUCCAGGGCCAAGUAAUGAUGGAGAUCGAGAAGAGCAUCAAGGAGUUUUACACAGAUAAUCCAAAGACCUUUGAGGACUAUGGACGCAUCAUCAACCAGCGACACUUUAAGAGGGUCAUGGCUCUGAUGGAGGGGAGCACGGUUGCCGUUGGUGGAGAUAGUGAUGAAUCCCAGUGCUACAUAGCACCGACCGUGUUGAAAGACGUUACGAGGGAAUCUAAAGUGAUGAAGGAGGAGAUUUUUGGACCUCUGCUUCCCAUCAUCACAGUGAGCGGUGUAGACGAGGCCAUCCAGUUCAUUAAUGAGAGAGAGAAGCCGCUGGUUGUCUAUGUCUUCUCCCAUGACAACAAGCUGAUCAAAAGAGUGAUCGCUGAGACAUCCAGUGGAGCUCUGCUGGCUAAUGACUGCCUGGUUCACUUUACUGUCAGUGCUCUGCCCUUUGGAGGAGUCGGCAACAGUGGCAUGGGCUGCUACCACGGCCGGCACACCUUCGACCAACUUAGCCACCUGCGCAGCUGUCUGAUCAAACAGCUGAAGAUGGAGGGGGUGAACAGUAUGCGUUACCCCCCUCACACUGCCAAGAAGCUGGGCUGGGCUCGAUUCUUUCUGCUCAAGCAGGUCAAUGUGUGCAGGCUGCGUCGCAUGGCACUGCUGGCCAUGCUGGCUGGCUUGGCAGCUUUUGUGGUGCAGAGGUUCCUGCGAUGAGGCUGAGGAGCAGAAACCAGUGCUGAACCCUGUGCCGGUGCAGGUGAUCCUGGGGGACGCACCCAUGGACUCCUGCCCUGUAGUGAAAUAUAGCACUCCUGUGACUUAUUGGUCCAUAUCGUUUCUCAUUAUUAUUAUUUGAUAUCUGAUAUCUCUUUUCUGUUACACCUCAAGCUGCUAUUGAAGUUUUUAUUGAGUUCCAUCAGUUUUAUUGUGAUAUAAUCUGAUAUUUUUUAUUUAAUUUGGUAAAUGGAGAUUUUACAUUGGCAUCAUGCAGUUAUGACAAUGACCAUCCCUGCUGAUGAAAUUCAUUUAAUCAUCAUGGAAGCUUUUAAUGGCACCACUUCUUCAUUUUAUUCUGGUUUCUGUAAUUAAACAUCAAUCAAAACGUG